AUGAAUUAUGCGGUAUGGAAUUUUGACGUUAGUUAUCUUUUACCUCUAACCCGAGCAAUCGCAGACGACAUUCUCAAGUACAUCGGCCCGACCCUCAAACGCCAUGAAGGCUGCGACCUCGUCGACAUCAACCCUGGCGCAGGCCUCUGGAGCCGCAAACUCCACGACGUCCUCAAGCCUCGCCAACACAUCUUGAUGGAACCGGAUGCGAGUCUUUACGAGUCUUUUCUCGAACCGCUCCUCGCGCGACCGAAUACGAAGUUGAUACCGAGCUCUGGGCUAUUGUGGAAUGAGCUGGGCUCUGCUCUGGCACACGUUGAUAACCAGACACCGCGACCCAAGGGGCCUGGCAUAACGCCGGAGCGAAACGACACGCUCCUGGUCACGGCAAAUCUGUCGCUGUUUCCGAAGAAGCGAUACGGAAAUUUCGAGUCGAUUGCGGGACUCGUUCUGUUUCAGUUGCUGAACAGCAUACAUACGGGCCAGUUGUUCCAAAAGUACGGCCUCGUGCGAAUGCUUGUCUGGACCGGCGCAGAUGACUACCAGUCCAUUUUGCCGAAGUUUAUACAGGCGAGGAAGAAGGUUGCUAUGGAAGCUGAAGCUACAUGCGAAUGGAUCGCCCCAGUGGCCGUCCCCGACGUUACUGAGCAGUCGGGAUGGUACGCUAGAGACAGAUGGAUAGAUGUGGACAGCACGACGGCCACGCUUGCGCGGAUGAAUAAGAAUGGGAUGGAAAUUCCUAAGGGACGAAAGAUGGAGAGCACCAAGCGGGCGGAACCGUACGUUGCCGGCGGCAAGCGGUACGCAGGGUCGAUGCCGCCAGACAUUUACCGACCAUACCUCGAUGAGCUGGAAGAGUUGGCAGCAGAGGAGAAGAGCGGCAAGAUCACCAAGGAGUUAGACCUGAAGAAGUUCAAGCGGCUGGUCACCUUGCGCUCUAUGGCGAAGAAGCACUCUGCCGAGCCUGAGGUGUACAAGGCCCUCCUGGAUGAGCUGUACGACCUUGGGCAUCUGCGCCAGCAGGGUGCCCCCGAAAAAGAGAUUUCGGAGCGUGAACGCGCGUGGAACGCGAAAGUCAUGGCUCUCAACAAGAACGAAAAGAUCGACUUUCGGCUCGUCAAGGACAAUGCGCACAUCUUCCUUCAAGACCCCCCGGUGCUGCUCUGGGACAAGCGUCCAUACGAGCCCAUAGCAGCCAAGCCAAACGAGUUCUACCCGAAUGUGGACUGCACGCUGCUUGACAUUCAACCCAAGGCGAUGCACCCGCUGCUGAGGGAGAUUGGGCCUGAGUCGUCAAGAGCAGGCGAUCUUUUCGAACUCAUCCAGCGGUCGAUGAUGGGUGCAAGUCUCGACCCCGUCAGCAAGGCGCUCGAGCGGAUCUGGCCCGGCGCGUCGGACGGUAUCUUGCCACGGUGCCCGAGCCUGCGGGAUCCGGCGCGGGGUGGUCUGCCCGGAUCGGGACAAGCGGAACUGUGCCCGCGGAUGAUGAAUCAGGAGCAGUGGACAGAGCUGCUGGAGGCAUUCAUGUCAUGGCCUUUCCGGCCUCGGUAUGAGGAGCUGAUCGGCCGGCUCACGGAGAGCUCGGAGCCGGAGGAUGAGGAUGACGACGUUGGAGCUGGGAGUAGUUUCUCGGCUGCGGCUGCUUUGAACUGA